AAAAUCAAGCGUUCAAUAAAAUUUUGUUCAUUUCUUUUUUAUUUUAAUGUUUCUAUGGGUGCUUGUAGUAUCUCAUGAACAGAAUUCCGUGCAAGAGUUCCUGGAAACAUAAAAUAAAAACAGAUUGGUGUAAAAUAACUACAAUAUAUUUACCAUUGAAGGUUGCUCAAUAAUGUUAUCUGCAUUAAUUAAUUAGGCCACUUAAAAGGGGCAAAAAAAACCCAGAAACCACUUUAGAGAAACGCAAAUAUUUAAUGUUUCUUUAGCUCGGAUCAUAUUUAUUUUUAGACUAUGAUCCCAUGCUGUUUCUUAUUCUUGGUUACCACUGUACAUAAAUAAUUAAAUGCUUAGCACAUAUGUACGUAUAGAAAAAGCAAUCUAAAGCUUUAGAUUAUUUAGUACCAAAAGCUAUGAAUGCCUCGAAUGAAGUGAGCAAAAAAAAGCAACCAAAAAGCUUAUACUAUCUUUCAAGGUUAAAGCAGAAGUACACCCAACGAAAAACUGUAGUACAACCUGUUGCAUUUAACAGGCGUUAAAGCUUUAUGCACUCGAAAACCUGUUAAGCCCCCCGCCUGCACUGUGACUUGACAACUGAAUCGAAGGGAAAUAAACAUUCAAUCAACUCUAUGAAACCCGAACUAAUUGUUUAUCCAAUGCAAACAUCGUCAACAUUAUUUUCUAAAGCUCUGCCACACUCGAUUGGAAAUGCUAUCCUCAGCGUACAAACUCGAUCAAUUAUUUGAUAGGACUUAGUCGUAUCGAAAUGUUUAGAAGGAAGUUUCCAUAGUGCUUGAAGGCACUGUUUAAAUUUAACAAGUAAACCUCCUCAAAAUUCCAAAGUAUGCAAAAAACAAACUACAGAAUUUCUUCGGGUGUAACCAAUUUGAUAACAUCACUCAUUCCAAAGCUUUUUAUUUUCUAUGCGCCACUCUCUCGGUCUCGGCGGUAGUUGCCCACCGGUCGCCGCCUCUCGCAGUUGAAACAAAAAACAAACGGGCCUUUAAAUCGAGGUUAUAACCGGAUUUUGGCCAAAAGAUAACCUGAAAACAGCUGUUACGAUGAACCGUAGACUUCCAGGGACAUUAAGGAACUGCAGCAGGCUCCUCCAUGACGCCACUCUGACCAGAUUCCUUUCCACAACGCCUAAGCUCUUCGAGCGGCAAGAAUGUCAAGUUCUGGUUGUUGGUGGCGGCACCGGCGGCUGUGCCAUGGCUGCCAAGCUCUCGUCCCGUCUAGGUAGUAACAAGGUGAUCGUCUUGGAGCCAGAAGAGAAACACUACUAUCAGCCCAUGUUCACCUUGAUUGGUGGCGGAAUGAAGCGUCUGGAGCAGUCGUACAGGAAAAUGGGUGAUGUUCUGCCCAAGAAGGCGCGCUGGAUUCAAGAGUCCGCCUUAAACUUCGAUCCUGACAAGAAUGAGGUCAGCACAUCCGGCGGGAAGACCAUCAAAUAUGACUUCCUGGUCAUUGCCACUGGCAUGCAACUGAAAUAUGAGAAGAUCCCUGGAUUAGUGGAGGCCCUGGAGGCCCCAAAAACCAAUGUGUGCUCCAUCUAUUCACCCAAAUAUGUAGAUAAUGUCUACGGUUGUCUGCGCAAUACUUACAGGGGAAAUGCGAUCUUUACCUUUCCCCAUUGUCCCAUCAAAUGUGCCGGUGCACCGCAGAAGAUCGCCUACAUAGCAGAGCACUAUUUCCGGAAGAUGAGUCGACGGGACAAUGUGAAUAUAAUUUACAAUACUUCUUUGCCCGUGAUUUUUGGAGUGAAACAGUAUGCAGAUGCCUUAUGGAAGGUGGCGAAGAAGCGAAAUAUAACCGUCAAUUUGAGCCGGAAUCUCGUAGAGGUGAGACCCCAGGACAGCGUAGCCGUAUUUGAAGAUCUUGCGAAGCCCGGAGAGCGGUACGAGGAGGGAUACUCCAUGCUCCAUGUUUGCCCACCUAUGACCGCUCCCGAUGUGAUAGCCAAUUGCAAGCCGUUGGUCAAUGAAGCCGGAUUCGUGAACGUGGACCAGGCCACCCUGCAGCACAAAAAGUACAGCAAUGUGUUCGCCAUUGGUGAUUCCGCCUCCACACCCAACUCCAAGACAGCGGCGGCGGCAGCUGCACAGUCACCGGUUGUGUUCAAGAAUCUGAUGGCGACGAUAAAGGGAAGGCCGGGAAAGGAAGCUUAUGACGGCUAUGCCUCAUGUCCCCUUGUCACCGGCUACAGCACCUGCAUCCUGGCUGAGUUCGACUAUAACCUGACUCCCGUUGAGACGUUCCCCUUUGACCAGGCCAAGGAGCGAUAUUCGAUGUUCAUCAUGAAGAAGACCUUUAUGCCGAUUCUCUACUGGGAGCUAAUGAUGAGGGGCCACUGGAAUGGACCGGCAACGAUGCGAAAAGUACUCUCGAUUUUGAAGCCUAAAAGUAAAAAGUAACGCAUAAUCAGGGUAAUUCAAAUACAUUGGUAUUUCAAGAUGUUUUAAAUACCAAUGACAUAUAUUGGUGUAUAUCUUGAACCAAUAUAAAACAAGCACGGUAUUUAAAAUACCUUCAAAAUAUUUUUUAUACAAAUCAAAUGUAUUGUUAAUUGCUCCGCCACGCUCAGACCACUAAUUUUAAAACAUUAAAGAAUAUAUGGUGAAAU